CUCUUUCCGGGGGAAGCGCCGGGGCGGACGCGGUGCCCGCGGCCAUGGAGCGGCGGGAGCCGGCGGCCGUGGUCCUGGAGCGCCUGGACGGGGUGACCCGGGAGCGCUUCCUGCGGGACAUCUACCCGCGGAGAAAGCCGGUAGUGCUGACAGGACUGGAACUGGGCACUUGCACCACCAAAUGGACAGUAGAUUACUUGAGCCAAGCUGAAGGAUCUAAAGAAGUGAAGAUUCAUGUUUCUGCAGUGCCACAGAUGGAUUUCCUCAGUAAGAACUUUGUGUAUAGAACUCUGCCUUUUGAUGUAUUUGUACGAAGAGCAGCUGAAGUCAAGCACAAGGAGUACUUUCUUACUGAGGAUGAAAAGUACUAUUUGCGAUCAGUGGGUGAAGAUGUUAGGAAGGAUAUUGCAGAUAUCAGGAAGCAGUUUCCUAUUUUAGCAGAAGAUGUUCAUAUUCCAGAGUACUUUGAGAAGGAACAGUUUUUCUCUAGCGUCUUCCGCAUCAGCUCAGCUGGAUUACAGUUAUGGACACAUUAUGAUGUAAUGGACAACUUCUUAAUCCAAGUCACAGGAAAAAAACGAGUUGUUCUAUACAGUCCUCGAGAUGCACCAUAUUUAUAUUUAUCAGGUACUAAAUCAGAGGUGCUGGAUGUGGAUAACCCAGACCUGGAGAAAUAUCCCCUUUUUGUGAAAGCCAAGCGCUAUCAAUGUGUUUUGGAAGCAGGAGAUGUGUUAUUUAUUCCGGCUUUGUGGUUCCAUAAUGUAAUUUCUGAGGAAUUUGGAGUGGCACUGAAUGUCUUUUGGAAGCACCUUUCUGCUGAGUCCUAUGAUAAGACUGACACUUACGGAAAUAAAGAUCCCAUGGCAGCCUCUAGAGCUAUACAGAUCUUGGACAGAGCCUUGAAAACACUUGAAGAACUACCUGAGGAAUAUAGGGAUUUUUAUGCUCGGAGAAUGGUGUUACGUAUCCAAGAAAAAGCCUAUAGGAGUGAUUAUGGAUAAAGUAACACACUGUAAUUCAGCAAGGUCCCUUGCAAGUAGAAAAUUGUAUGUUAGUAUGAAAACUGUCCAUAUGUACUUACAUACACUUUCUGUGAGACCAAUAAAAAUUCAUCUAUAACAAAGUUGAUCUUUUAGAUUUUCUUUCUGGUUUUUCAUGUGCAGUGAGGUCACAGUCUGCUUGAUCCAGAGAUGGUUUCUUUUCUACCAUGACAUUUGCAGUACUUCCACUUAUAACUGUACUUUUUUGGAAUGUUCUACCUAAAUUUUUCUGAACAAAAGUUUUGCUAUGUGGUCUGACAGCAUGUAUGCGUAGAAGUAACUGCACAUCUUUGUGAAUGCAACCUCAUUAAAUUUUAGGAAAGUCAUAGUGGUUUCUGAGGAGGUCCAAGCAAGCCAUUGGUGGUAGCUGUAAUGGUCAUGGUUUCUUUUUAAGUAAUAACCUGGCAAUUAGUGUAGGGAGUUUCUUCUCCCCCUUGUAGUGAAACAGAGUGGGUACAGGAAAAAAAAGCAAAAAUUAACCAUGCAAGGUUACACUUAAAAUUGUACAGCAGCUUGACUACAAGGUAAUUGAUUUACCCUUUUCCUAGCUCGAUACUGUAUUACUGCAGGGGAAUUCUAUCUUUUUUGUCACUGCCUCAGUGCAGUAUCUGCCCGUGCAGACAGCAUUGCUGUUCCUGCAGCUGUGACACACUUGCCUAAUGUUGCCCACAAACCCAUUCAGAUACAGUCCAGUAUCUGCAGUGGAGUUCAUAGAUGUGGAGUAGCCACAGAACCUGUUGGGAGCUGUAUUUGACCGUGCUCUUUGUUACCAUAUGAAAGGGGGUUUGCAUAGCACCUUUUGGGGUGGAGCCUGUUGUUUAGGCAUUGUAGGUUACUUUUUCAGCAGAUUGUGGUGCUUACAAAAGCACUGUGAAAUAAAGGUGGGAAUCUGACAAAAAAUCAUUGACUCUUUGAAGUUAUUUGAAGCCCCUGAAGUUAUUACUUAUGCUGUUUGGGAAAUGAAGCAUUUAUCUGACUUAGGUCAGUCUGUUACUUCUAGCAAUGUUUUUUGAGAAUUGUAACUUGUCAAAAGCUCUUAGACUAAAUAAAUGUGUAGUGUUAAAAAAUGCUGGAUAAAAGCUUUCUUCAGAAGAGCAGGAGCUUGAACACUGCAGAUUAUUCUUCUAAACCUGUUCUUCUUGGCAGUUCAACACAGUGAAAAUAGUCUGGUACCAUGUGAAUGGGCACCCAGCCACCUCAAUGAAUAAGCAUGAAUGGAACCAGCCAAGCGAUUCUGACGGGCAUCAUUGUACGUUCUGAGGGUAGAAUUUAAAUUUGGG